CCUUCAUGCCUAUCAUCGUCAAAACUCAUAGUGCCGGCAGUGGUGAGUGGGCCAUCAUAGAGCUGCAAGGUGAUCUUGAGGUGCGCAGCAGUCAAAGCAUGCACGAUCAAUUCAUAGGGGAUCUGUACUACAACAAAUAUGGACAGCCCAUACUGAUAAUAGGGCAUCACAUACUGCAAGGACGCGAGCAGAAGCUAGAAAAACCAUUUGCAGUUCUGGAGAAGUCAAAAAGUAAUGAAGGACACCAACUACUCAACACGACUGAUGCAACGCUGAACGCAAGCACCAUGAAUACAACCGAAGGGCCGGAGCGAACGCUGCUGGAUGAGACAGUGGCACUGGAGCAUAAGAGUCGCCAGCGAACCGAAUAUACCGUGCGUGCCAUUUGCACGAAGAAACUCAUUUUUAAAGCCCGACCGAAGCCAAUCAUAGCCAAUGUGGCCAAAACGGUGUAAUUGUAGAUUGAUUAUGUGUCAAUAUGUAUUUAGUUGGAUAGAUAAGUAUUGUUGUAUAUAAAUGU